AUGGAGUCAGUUUCAACUUUAUCACUAAAUUCGAGUGCCAGCAGCAGCACUACGAUAGAUGGCGCCUGCCCUCCAACAAUAUACGAGAAUGUCUGCAUGAUAUAUAGCCGUGACAACAAUAAGAUCUUGAGUUAUAGAAAUUUCAACAAAUUCUCAGUUGACUUAACGGAUGCAAUUUUCAGUGCCAAGUAUUUUCAAUACAAAGACGGAUUUUCCCAAGCUGUGAUCGACGACAGGUUUUUUGUGUGGGAAAAACAAACUGGUGAAACAUUGCAAGGUGUAGUCACUUUGCAAAUCUCGAUUACCGAUUUUGUGCUUUGGUUUAUUAAUCUAUUAAUCACUCUGUCGCAAGUGUCGUUUUCAAACACAAAGGAUUUGUCUCAUCUUUCCGAUACAGUGACAAAUACCUUUGCCGAAAAAUUGAAGCACACCGUUGAGCGCGAUAUGUGGGAUGCAAUUGGUAGGGAGAAAUUCAAAAAAAAUGUUGAGUUUUUCACAUCUCGUGGCCAACCAUUGGAAGCUGUUUUACCAGCAUUCCCAUGUAAAUCAUCCAAUUAUGAAAAAGUGUCUGGUGAUUUGCCAGAUAAGGGGGAGGAGCUUGCUUUGCGCAGAUUAAUAUUCUUUGCCGAUGAAGUUCAAAAAAUAUAUCCUCCCGGUAUAAUAAUUUGGAUUGUGAGUGACGGUCACGUGUUUAGCGAUUGUAUUGCUGUGGACGACACCAAAGUGAACCGAUAUUCAGCAGCAUUGAAGCAGAUGUACAAAAGGGUUAAGCCAGUGGAUUCGUGUCCUAUCAAAUUUUGCUCCUUACCCGAGAUUUUUAAAUUCUCAAAAGAGCUUCCAGCCAUGGUGGAAAAUGUCAACUUGGGCCACUUUCUCGGCACUAAAAUUGAUCCUGAAUCAGAAGUCUGCCGUAAGAUAUUGAUGUCGUCCUGCGAUACCGACAACGGUAAGUUGAGGGGGGAUAUCAAGACACCGGGUCAUGCUAGACUAUAUUUGUUUCGUGGGUUCUCCAAAUUCAUGACUGAAGAUUUGCAAUUUCAUCCUCGAGUAGGCAAGAUGACUAGGAAAAAGUUUAAGAAAAUUGUCAGCCAAGUAGCACAUGAGAUGAUCAAGCGUAAUGACGCGUACUCAAACUUGGUGGAGUUGAUGUUUCCAUUCCAUUUGAGGUUUUCCAUACACGCCCAUAAUAAUGCUGGUCCAAAAUAUGGAGUCUCUUUAUUGAGCAAGAAUGGAACAGAAGAAUGUCUUCCGAUUGAAAGCAUUCAAGACCAUAAGGAGCCUAGAUGUACUGAUCUCUUGCACAUUCCAACUCCGUGGCAUAAUGCCAUUGUCAGGAUCAAUGAUGAUGAAACAUAUUAUGUCAUCAAAGCAGCGAAGGUUGUUCAAGACUUGGGUGAUGGCACUGGAAGUGGUGGCUGGGAUCCAAAGAGUUUACACUAUGUCUUUUCAACAAAUUAG